UAAUCAAACCUGUGUUUACAUGAAGCGUGCGGGUUGUCAACAUGUCCACUCUUCGCUUCGGGCAGCACCUCAUCAAGGCCUCGGCGGUCUUCUUGCAGACGGAGCUCAGCUUCGCUCUGGUCAACCGGAAGCCCGUCGUGCCGGGACACGUGCUCGUGUGCCCGCUCCGACCCGUGGAACGGUUCCGGGACCUCCACCCGGAGGAGCUGGCGGAUCUAUUCAAAACCACCCAGCUGGUGGCGGACCUGGUGGAGAAGCACUUCAGCGCCACCUCGCUCACCAUCGCCAUCCAGGACGGUCCCGAGGCCGGGCAGACCGUGAAGCACGUCCACGUGCACGUGCUGCCCCGCAGGGAGGGCGACUUCCAGAGGAACGACAGCGUCUACGAGGAGCUGCAGAGACACGACCGGGAGAGUGAGGACGCUCCCUCCGGGUGGAGGUCCGAGGAGGAGAUGGGUGCGGAGGCUGCGGACCUGAGGAGGCUCCUGCAGAGGACAUGAACUGACUUUGACCACAGGACCAGGGAGAGAUGCUCCUCAUGUUAACGUGGAACAAUAUUCACUCACACCUUCGUGUGUGUUGCUGCAUGCCUGUGUUAAGAGAUAACACACACUAAAGUCUUUUGUGUGUGUAGCAAGUAUCCUUUAUCAUCAGGCUUUUGAAGUUUUAUUCAAAGUUCAUAAUUCAUAAGUUCGUUUUUGCAGCAAAUAUCUGUUAUUGUCACUAGGAAAAAUCCAGAUGAAGUUUUAUUCCCUUACAAAUAUCCUUUGUCGUCAGGGAUUUGAUUAGAAAAUAUAAAUACACAAAAAAGGUUUCACCAUUAGUUAGUUUCCCAGUCUGUGAUUCAGACUGGAAAUAUGAUGUCCAGUCUGUCAGGGACUCUCAGCAAGAUUUUAUAAUUUGUUACCAAGCUAAUAUUUGUUAUUGUCAGCCACGUGACACAAAACCAAUCAACAGUUUCCAUGUGUUUCUGUACAGUUGUUCUUACUGACUUGAUGAUUUCUUGUGUUUUCUAGUUGAACCGUGUAAAAUAAUAUCUCUGAAAUUAAACUGAGAAUGCACAAGAGUG